GUGCUUGACCUGUAAUACAGAAAUCUUCCAGAAUGCUGGAGUCCUAUGUAACUCCUAUUUUGAUGAGUUACGUGAAUCGCUACAUAAAGAACUUGAAGCCUUCGGAUCUACAGUUGUCACUCUGGGGAGGAGAUGUUGUACUUAGUAAACUUGAAUUGAAGUUGGAUGUACUUGAACAGGAGCUGAAGCUACCAUUUACUUUUUUAAGUGGGCAUAUUCAUGAACUUCGGAUUCAUGUGCCAUGGACAAAAUUGGGAUCAGAACCAGUUGUCAUCACUAUCAAUACGAUGGAAUGCAUCUUGAAAUUAAAGGAUGGAGCUCAGAGUCCUCCAGGUAUAUUAAGGAUCAUGCAAAAGAAAAUUCCAAUUUGUGCAAGGCUCUCAAGUGUUCAGUAGGAUGCUUGAUGAGCUGCUAACAUUUAACAUCGAUAAUUAGAUAUAAGCCAGCAAGAACAUUGGAAAACACUUUUCCAUUAUGUUUGAUAUUUCUUGUAAUAUCCUUUUACAGUUCCAGAGCUAAAAGGCUUUUGUUGCUGGAGUGGAAAUCUCUAGUCCUAGGUAUGCCACCCACAAAGCAUAUGCUUACAUUCUGUAGUUAAUCGAUGUGCAUAUGUGCAUAUAUAUAUGUGUAUGCACACCAACAGGCAAAUGCAAAGUAUUUUUCCAAUGUUAAGGUAAGAUUUUGAGAUGUUCCAUGAGAAGUGUGUUUUAGAAGCAGCAAAUUACAACUAAUUAUAGAAGUUGCAGAAAAAGAUUAGUAGCCCAUGACUUUGUGCAACCCAGGACUAUUUUGAUAUUGGACCAUGCAGAUGGCUACUGCUGGAAUGAUCAGAUUUCCUGCUUGCAUGGUAUUUGAAACUUAAAUUUUGUGGUGCAUACAGCAAAAGGUCAAGUGUCAUGAAUGUAAAGCACUCUCAAAACAAGUAUUUGUUACAGAUGUUUAAGAUUCAGAGGCAAGAAAGGAUUUUUGAAAAUU